AUGAUCGGGCGUCGGGUGUGCCUGGUGAUAUUGGCGGCGCUCGGACUGGUGCUCUACUACCGGGAGCUGGCCUUCGAGCAUUUGCCCAAUUUUGCCGACAUUACAGAAGGCAGCCGAACUCUCGGGCUUUCCACUGAACACGACGCGGCACCCUUCGAGCUGAAUCCGAAUUUUACGGAGUUUUCGAACCGAAUUUUUGCCAAGUGCCACCUGCCGAUUUUCGACCCGUACCACGACAACAUCAAUUCGACGUUCCAGAACAUCGAUCCGACGCGGGGUUGCGAUAGGAAUUAUACACCGGCCACCGCCCUCCAGGAUGGCCAUAUCCGGAUUGUGGAUAAAUGGAAGGAAAACGUCGAGUAUUGCGAUGUGCGGUGUCACUACAACGACUGGCACACCGGGUUCAGCCGUGGCAGCCCCUGGCGCCUGGAUCCGGGUCAACAGCGGAAGAUUGAGUGCGAGUUCGUGCACGCCAUCUGCUAUAAGAAGACGAGGCGGGGAAGGCCGGAUGUGGCUGAUGAAUACCUUCAUAUCCAGCUAAUUGAACGGGAUGCACCGCGCAAGAACGCCGGCCCAAUCCAGCCGCCAACCGGAAAUUUUCGUCCUGAUGUUCACAUUAUACUGCUCGAUUCGGUGGCUGGGACCCAGACAAGGAGAGCCCUCCCCCGUACUGUCGAAUACCUCGAGAAGGAGAUGGGCGCAGUUUUCAUGCACCACAUGAAUCGGGUGGCCGAUGGGAGCCAGCCGAAUGGAUUUGCGUUUCUUCUAGGUGAGCGUCUUGACGACAUCACCCGCGCCUUCUUGGGCGCAGAAGACCUGUUGGCCCAAUCGACAUUUGACGAGAACUGCAAGCAGUAUCUCGACAACCGGACGUUCAUCUUCAACGAGUAUGAGAGAGCGGGCUACAAAACGAUGAUCCAAUUCGACUGGGGCGACGUGUUCACCUACCCGGAUUGCAAGGGGUUCAAGGAGCAGCCGGCCACCCAUGACUAUCGUGCCAUCGUCAGCACGAUGGAGAAGAACAAGGGGUUGGAGAAGAAAUUGACCGGAAAAUGCAUCGAAGAGUGGCAUCUGCUACUCGAGCAUCACGCUCAAUUCGCGGCGGCUUAUAACAAUACGGGAAAAUUUGGGCUCAGCUGGCUGGUCGAAAUCUCGCACAACAACGCCUACGCCCUCAACCACGCCGAUCCCGUGUUUUUGAAAUAUUUCCAAGACCACGCUGAAACGUUUUCGAAUUCAUUUGUCAUUUUUAUGGCUGAUCAUGGAGUUCGUUAUGGGCCGACUCUAAGGCGCAAUUUUGGGCAACGUGAGAUGAACAACCCGUUGUUGAUGAUCACCGUCCCGAAAUUUCUACGUGAAAACGCUCAGGUAAUGGCCAACCUCAAGGCCCACUCCGCCAAGCUGGUCACCCACUACGACGUGUACGCGACGCUGCAGGACAUUUUGAAGAUUUCCCACGCUACAAACUACACAAAUUUCGACUACGUGGAGGUGUUGCAGCCGAAUCCGAAUAAUGGGACGUCGCUUUUGAGGCCGUUGGGCCGGUUUGAGGACAGAAGCUGUCAAACGAUUCCGGUGACUGGUGACUUUUGCCUGUGCGAGUUGAACAGGACGACAAAAGCAGAGCCAUCUACGUACCACGAGAUGGCCCAGGUGGCUGUGAAGACAAUCAACGACAAGCUGAAGCUCGAAGGGCUUGAGUCAAAGUGUGCAACGCUGAAGCUCAAUGUGGUAGAUCAGGUUCAAGUAUACGAUCCGGAAGAGGAGACGCACCUCUAUGAAAUCACCUUCAGUACCCUCCCAAAUCGGGGCAAAUACAAAGCGCGCAUCCGUCAAAACCCCGGCUACCAGGCUUUCGGCUACCCGGUCCGGCUGAACGAGUACGGCAGAUCGGCCGACUGCGUCGCCAGCGAAAAGCCCUACAUGCGCCCAUACUGCUAUUGUAAA